AGAUGGUGGCUGCAAGUGGGGACUCGACGGAGCUCGGUUCGGUGCGCCACUGAGAAGAAGGAAAAUAAAACCUCGGACGAAGUCUUCACCUCUCCACCACCACCAACCAACCAAAUCACCCUCCUCCAACCUCGUUCGCGCCGCGACUGAAGGAGCGAACUUAAAUGCCCGAUGCAGUAAAGAGGAGAGCAGCGCGCGUCGUUUACAGAGGCGGCUCGGAGGAUCGCAAAGGGGCAGCAGCAUGGCGAGCUCGUCAGACAGUGAAGAGGAGCCCUACUACCCCGACUCUGAGGACAUGCAGGAUGUGAGCCUCUCGCUCGGCGGCGGGGCCGAGUGGCCCGGCGCUAUCGCGGCGUUGGAGGCAGGUGGGGAGGCCAUGGAUGUGGAGGAGUUGGCCGACAGGCCAGGCCUGGGGCUUUGUGGAGCGGUGCAGCAGCAACAGCAGCACGAGCGAUCGGUUUGGGAGCUCCCGGAGGAGCUCCUGGAGUACAUCCUGGCAUUCCUGUCUCCCUACCAGCAGCACAAGACGGCCGCACUUGUGUGCAAGCAGUGGCACCGCCUCAUUAAAGGUGUUGCACGGCAGUGCUACCACGGGUUUAUUCGAGCUGUGCAGGACGGACGCAUUCAGUGGGAGAGUCGUACAUACCCCUAUCCCGGCACACCCAUCACGCAGCGCUUCUCUCACAGUGCUUGCUACUACGACACAAACCACUCCAUGUACGUGUUUGGGGGCUGCACGCACAGCAGUUGUAACGCUGCCUUCAACGACCUCUGGCGGCUCGACCUCAACAGCAAGGAGUGGAUCCGGCCGCUGGCCUCUGGCUCGUACCCGUCCCCCAAAGCGGGCGCCACGUUGGUGGUACACGGGGACCUGCUGGUUCUCUUUGGAGGAUGGACACGGCCCAGCCCUUACCCCCUGCACCAGCCUGAACGAUUCUUUGAUGAGAUCCACACCUACUCUCCCUCCAAGAACUGGUGGAAUUGCGUUGUGACUACACAGGGGCCACCGCCAAUGGCCGGGCACUCGGCCUCUGUUAUCGGCAAUCAGAUGAUUGUUUUUGGAGGCUCCUUGGGAUCCCGGCAAAUGAACAACGAAGUGUGGGUGCUGGACCUGGAGCAGUGGGCCUGGUCGCGACCUGCUGUCACUGGCACCAAACCUCAGCCUCGUGGAGGCCAGUCCCAGAUUGUGUUGGAUGAUCAGACAAUCCUGAUCCUCGGUGGCUGCGGAGGCCCCAAUGCUGUGUUCAAGGAUGCGUGGCUGCUACUGCUGGACGUGCAGCCUUGGCACUGGCAGCAGCUGGAGGUUGUCAACGAAGAGCACUGCGCCCCUGAGCUCUGGUGCCACCCUGCAUGCAAGGUGGGAGAUUGCGUGGUGGUGUUCAGCCAGGCACCGAGUGGAACGCCGCUCAGCCCCAGCCUGCACUCGCGCCCGUCGCCCAUCAGCACCAGCCCGCCCGCCGUGCCGGCGCCCAUCCGACUGGGCGACCACAAAAGCCAGUCUCCUCACCGCUCGCCACGCGAACCCGAGGAGGAGGCGCAGUGCGUCAACGGGCGCUGGGGCACGCUGCGGCCCCGCACACAGCGCAGCCAGCCCGGUGGAGACUCGGGUAGCUCGGCGGGUUCCAGCCCCGAGUACGCCCCUUCGAUCGUAGAGGAUGGGAGCCCCAGGAAUUCCUCCAGAGAGGACGAAAACUACAUGUGCCCCCCAUCGAUCGGGUCUGACCUCUUGUCCAGCCUCACUCCAGCUCACACAGCGCAGCCCGCGGACCCUGUGCCUGUGACCUCCUCCAUUGUGCGUGAUGACUUGCGAGCUCACCCUGAGCGGCCCACUGAUCAGGUUCAAUCUGGCUCGGAGCCGGACGCAUCGAGCGCCAGGAUGCCGCUUCCUGGUGUGGGGCAUCUCCUCUCGGGGCCCAGUAGGGAAGCAAUAGCGACUGAGGCCGGCGACGGCUCGGCGGACAGGCCGCCCCUUUAUUCGGCAGAAACGAGCUACGCCUACAACUACGGCCCCGUAAAUGAACGGUCCGCAAAGUGUCCACCCGACAGCUCGUGUAACUUCUCGUCCAGUCCUCUGAGGAAGCACCAGAAGCCGCCCUGGCAGGACCGUCCCAAUAACGCUCCGGGGCGCAGUUUGACGGAUGACGCGAGGAUUCAAAUUUGCGCGAGCCAUAGCGGUGCGACGGCACUAGGCGGCCUCGGAGAGAAUGGUGCGAGCAGCGUCAUCUCCGGGCUGCUGAGCCGCCCCGCCUCAUCCGGAUUCCACAAACACCGCAACUCAAACGCCGCCUCCAGGUGUAACGGGACUCAAGACACCGCCGCCUGCGAAAGGUCAUCUUUCAACGCAUCCGAACGAGACACCUGGCACAGGUCCGGUCUGUCCUCUCCGCAAAUGAACGGCUUGCACAGGUAUAUGGCCGCAGCCUCCGAACGGCACAGCGUUCGCAUGUUAUCGGCAGAAGCAGCAUCGGGGUUUGAUGUGCCUACCAAAGGCUGGAGAGAGUGCCCAGUCGGCAGCCAAUCUACCUCGUCGACGCACAAAGUGGCCUCAACCCUCGAGAAUAAACGCGCGGCCUCCAGCCCUACCCUCAACGCCGGGCUGAGAGCGGCUUUGCUUUCAUUUGAUAACGAAACAUCGGACAAUUCUCGGUCGGAGGAGGAUGUCAUGGUGACUGUGAGGCGAUCAGGACUGGGUGCUGCUGUAUUUGGCGCUCAGAGACACGCAGCAGACGGGUCAGCGGCAGCAACGGCUAGAUUUGGAGGAAGUGCGUUUACAUCCGCUAACAACAUGGGUCCCAAAAACGAUGUUUGGAGAGGCAGGACUGAGUCCACUAACCACAUGUCCAAAAGGAAAAACUUUGCCUCGGACUCAUCCCUAAGAAUAUCGCCAUCCCGGAUGAGUUCUGUCGGUAGUGAGGGCAGAUUCAGGGAAGCACUGACUGCCCGGCAACAUGAUGACGCAAACUGCGGUAGCUACUCCGUCAGGGAUGGGCAGGACCACAGGCUAUCAUUUGUGUGCCGACCGGAAUCGCCGAGUUGCGAUUUGUCCAGCAUGGACAUGGUGGGCCGGAGCUCCACUACGCUCUCUGCCGAGACGAAAGGACUCUCCGCCGACGUUCUCUCGGCUGCUCUACGAUCCGUGGGAACCUCGGUAUCGGUCGCAGAUAAAUCCGGAUCUGUUAGUGAGUGUGCGGCUCAUAACGACAGGAUGGAAUCUGGUGUAAAUGUGAAUGGGUCUGCUUCGGCGGUAGCUGCUGCUGCUUCUGUUGCUGCUACCCACAGCCCCACGGAAGAUGAAAUGGCACCAGCCGCAAGCUCAACUGAUGCAGAAGCAGCAGCAGAAGCAGCAGAAGCAGAGUCCGUCACAGGACCCAUCCAAAGCAGUGCGCCGGGAGGAGCAGCAGCAGCAGGUGGUGGUGGUGGUGGAGGAGGCGGCGGGGGAGGCGGAGGCGGAGCAUCGCGCUCCUUCCAGAACCUGGCACAGCGCCUGGGAGCGCCACGCCACCAUCCUCACUCGCUGAGCCUCGGCAAGCCGCUCUACCAGAGCCUCAACUGCAAACCCAUGCGCAUGUACGUGCUGGAGGUGGGGCAGGCACGCUCGAGCAGGCGUGUGGCGUGGAAGGGCCUUUCCUGCCGCUCAGUGGUGGGGCCACCCGAGACCAGCCUCCACACGGUGGUGCGCGGCCGGGGGGAGCUCAUAAUCUUCGGCGGGCUGGUGGACCGCAAGCAGAACGUGAAAUACUAUCCCAAAACCAACGCCCUGUACUUCGUUAGGGCCAAGAGGUAACAGCGAGGUGGCGGUGCCCAGGCAACGACGAUGUUCCCCCAGCCCCCCACCGUCCCUUUGCCGCCUUUUGUGUAUGCCGGUCCGUGGAUUGGUGCUGCUUGUUUUGACGUCAUCUUUUUCAUGGAAAUGUUCCUUCUGCUGAACCUCGCCCAUGGAAUCUCGUUAUUAAUAGGAUUUUAGGAACUAAUUAAUUCGCAUUUUGUUACUUUUCGUUAUUCUGAAGUGCAGUUUUUAACGUGCGUCGUGACGUCCGCCGACCCAUGUACAACGUCGACGUUUACCUGUUCGUGUUCAUUUUGGUUUUGCAUACGGAUUACCGUUUUGCUUGAGGGGGUUUAGCACUGGCUCGUUUUGAAGCCUGCACUGGAGGGGUUCGAUGUUUCCGGCGGUAGCAGAUUCUCUCUGUGUUGUUUCUCUGUGCCAUUGAUAUGCAAUAUUAAAAACAUUUAUUGAACGGGACAACCUUACUUCAUAUUUAUGGUAAUCUUUAAUUUAAAAGAAAAACACUAGUUUUGCCUUCAUUUGUCGAGAGCACAAUGCAAACGUACAAAGCCCCUGCACAGCUUGGAAACGGUGUUGAAGUAAUUAACGCAGUUGGUUGUUGAUACAUGUGAGAGCAAUUGUUAAAUUUGCUUUAGAACCCUUUCAUAUUUCGUUCCUUUUUAUCCCUAUUUCACAUUCUUUGCCAUGACAGAAAUAUGAAGAUAGUGAAAAUGUUGUCUUUUGUCAAUCCACUUGUGGAUUAAGGCCUUCCCAAAGAAGAUAGUUCUUUACCACACUGUGCAGUGUGGGUUGGUGAAGCGAGAAGGGGCGGGGGGGGGGGUCAGGACCCACUCACUAUUGAUGUUAGCUGCGGCCGCGAAUCAAACUCAGGUCGCUGGGUUCAUAGUGCAGUGAGCAAACCACCGCACCACUGCCCCCUCCACAGAUAUAUCCUUUCACAGUUCCCACAGCAUGGACUGCAUCGUCGCACCCUGUCGGGAAUCAAUCCCUGGAUAAAUGUCACUAAUAUUUUUGAAGUAACCUCACUGAUGCACAAUAUUAAACUUCAAUUGUGUACACUUAGACUGUAGAUUGUUGAAUACGUGAAACACUAAAAAAAAUGUUUGUACAAGGAGCUGAAAUGAGUGACGUAAAGUGAAAAGCCAAAUUUAACGCGAUAAUUUUGCGCGCAAUAAUUUGCGAUGAGGCCCGAAAGACUUCAACCGAACUACAUUCGACCAAUGUGGUUUAAGCGUGGGGCGCAUUCCCAGAGUCACGGUGGUGGUGGGCUUUAGAUAUGACCAUUCGUCCUGCAGGCCAUCCACAUUGCUCGUGUUCAACCUCCUAAUGAGACAAUUUCGUGACGACUGUACUUCAUAAGAUGGUGCUAAGAUGUGUGUUGGAUUGGCAGUGGGAGCCCCAUUCUGUCCUGGAGUAUAGUGAGAUCCGUUAACGAUAUUAGGUGGACUCUCUUGCCUUUGCCGACGCUGUGAUAAUGGUGGAAGUUUGAAACUUGUGAACACUUUGAUAACACACGGUACAAAGCUUGGACGCAGAGAUGCAAAAAGACUCGAUGUUUAACUUAAAAUAAAAAAACACAA